ACAAUAAAAUCAAAUAAACUGCAUUCAAUUUGUAAUUAAAUCUUUUGUAUAAAAUUCUUGAUUUUAUCUCGAUUAAAUUAUUAUAUUCAUCUUAUCAACCACAUAAAGUCUACAUUAGCAAUGGAAGCUUCAAAUAAUGAAUCUUUCAAUGAUAGUAAAUUCUCUCGCAAAAAUGCAAGUUCGGAUUCUUUAGAUUUUGAUCACAAAGCAAUUUCAGCACGAAUUAAAAGUACUCUUGAAAAUGAAAAUGGGCAAAUGGAAAGAGGAACACCUUUCACCUAUCUUAUCGGCGAACAAGAUUUGGACCAACGAAACGAUGUCAGAUAUAUGUGUCCUUAUACUGGUCCAUUGUUUGGUGUUCUGAUUAUCACAAACUAUCGACUUUUCUUUCGUUCUCUGCCUCAAAGGGAGGCACACCAAAUUGUUAUUGUAGAUGUGCCAUUGGGCACAAUUUCUCGAGUGGAAAAAAUCGGUGGGUCUACGUCACGACGUGAGAAUGCUUAUGGAAUUGAGAUCUCUUGCAAAGAUUCAAGGACUAUACGAUUUGCUCAUAAGCAACAGAAUCAUUCGAGACGAUCGGUUUUUGAGAAAAUCACUUCUUAUGCAUUUCCACUUUCGUUUAGUGGAAAGAUAUUUGCAUUUAAUUAUACUGAAAGAUUUGGUCAGAAUGGUUGGGAUAUUUAUGAUAGUGUGGCAGAGUAUAGUAGAUUGGGAGUGCCUAAUGAACUUUGGAGGAUAUCCAAAGUAAAUGCAAACUAUGCCGUGAGCGAUAGUUAUCCAGCUGUUUGGGCAGUACCGUCGUGUGCUUCGGAUGAACUUUUGAAAAAGGUCGGUGUAUUUAGAUCAAAAGGACGCAUACCUAUACUUUCAUGGAUUCACCCGAAAACAAACGUGUCCAUUACACGUUGCUCUCAGCCAUUGGUUGGCGUAGGGGGUAAACGCUGCCCAGAAGACGAAUCAUAUUUAAAUUAUAUUCUCGAAAUGAAUUCAAAUUCCGACAAAUUGGUCAUUAUGGAUGCAAGACCGAGUGCCAAUGCAAUUGCCAAUAAAGCCAAAGGAGGCGGUUACGAGUCUGAUGAAAUUUACCGAAAUGUUGAAUUCCAUUUCUUAGAUAUUCAUAAUAUUCACGUUAUGCGUGAGAGUUUAAAGAAAUUAAAAGAAGUUUGCUAUCCUCUCGUCGAUGACCAAAAAUGGCUUUCAUCUAUUGACAAUACACUUUGGCUAAAACAUCUCAAAUUCAUUUUAGCUGGUGCGGUAAGGAUUGUAGAGAAAGUAGAUGCAUUGCGCGUUUCUGUGUUGGUACAUUGUUCAGAUGGAUGGGACCGUACUUCGCAGUUAACUGCAUUGUCCAUGCUGUUACUGGAUCCAUUCUACCGCACACUGAGAGGAUUUGAAAUUCUAAUCGAAAAGGAAUGGUUAAGUUUUGGUCAUAAAUUUCAACAGAGAAUCGGUCACGGAGAUGGCAAACAUUCAGAUGCUGAGAGGUCUCCUGUAUUCUUACAGUUUAUCGAUUGUGUUUGGCAAGUAAUGCAACAGUUUCCCAAUGUCAUGGAGUUCAAUGAACACUUUUUAAUAACUAUACUUGACCACUUGUUUUCUUGUCGAUUUGGGACUUUUCUUUGCAACAACGAAGCAGAGAGGUUAAAAGAAGAUUUGAAAAACAAGACAUGCUCGCUUUGGUCCUACAUAAAUGCCUCUCCCGAACAGUACCGAAAUCCAUUCUAUAACAGCAAUAAUACCGGAAAUGUCCUUAAACCGAUUGCGAGCAUGCGAUGUGUCAAACUCUGGAAAGGAUAUUAUUGCAGAUGGAAUCCUGGAGGCCAUGCUCAAGCUAAUAUUUACCAAAGAACGAAAGACCUAAUGGCUCUACAAGAACAACUCCAAAAACAAGUGAAUGAAGAACGGGCAAUAGCAUUCUUAAGGCCGGUCCAUCAACUGAAGCAAAUGCUAAAAGUCAAACAUUAAAAAUAUAAAACACACAUCGAUAGUAAUAAAUAUUGUUAUAAUUAAAAGUGUCUCUGUAUUUACAGUAUUCCAAUAGUAAACAUUUUAUAUUUAAGUUAUAUUAUUAUUAUUAAUAACAAAAUAUAUAUUUAUAUACACUGAAA